AAGUGAAAAUACCCUUUGGAAACAAAUAUCUUGAUGCUGUCUUUUCUAUCCCAGAGAAGAAAUCAACAUAUGGAGUGAUUCUUACCCAUGGAGCUGGAGGAGAUAUGAAUUUCCCUCACUUAGUGUCUUUGGCAGCCUAUCUUGCAGCCCAUGGAGUUCUGUGCCUGCGGUUUACUUGUAAAGGCCUUAACAUUGCUCACAGGGCUAAGGCCUUCAAAACAGUUGUGGAAUACUUAAAGCUUUCUGAGGAUUACAAACUUUCAGGUGUCUUCCUUGCAGGCCGUUCCAUGGGCUCACGAGCUGCUGCCUCUGUGAUACGUCAGCUUAGCCAGGAGGAGGAUGACUUCAUUCAAGGUCUGGUUUGUUUAUCUUACCCCCUGCAUCGACCAAAACUUCAGACCAAGCUUCGGGAUGAAGAUUUAUUAUUCAUCAGGUGUCCGGUGCUGUUCGUCUCGGGAUCAGCAGAUGAGAUGUGUGAAAAACAAUUACUGGAAGGUGUGGCAAGCAAAAUGAAAGUUCCUAAAAAAAUCCAUUGGAUUGACAAAGCAAACCAUGGGAUGGCAGUCAAAGGACGAACAACCGAUGAUGUCAUGGAAGAAAUAAAUGCCCAGGUUUUGUCUUGGCUUAGAGAGAAUAUUGAACUGGAGUGCAAAUGAUAUGCAGGGCUUAAGCAGUAUCUUUGUUUUUGCCUUUCCCAAAUGUGGCAAAUUAGUUUAUUUCCGAAAUGCCUAUAUUUUUUAAACAGAUAUUUGCAGAAGUCUAAGUGUACAUGUAAAUAAAGCUUUUUGUGUACGAAUGGAAAAAAAAAUACGUAAAUCAAUAAA